AUGGGUGAUGCCGCUAUGGCAGAGUUUGGGCCGGCUGCCUCCUAUCUUAGGAAGUCAGAUAAGGAGCGUCUGGAGGCCCAGACUCGUGCGUUUGACAUGAAGAAAGAGUGCUUCGUUCCUGACCCCGAGGUGGAGUACGUCAAGGCAACCAUCUCCAGUCGUGACGGUGACAAAGUCACAGCUCAGACUGAAUUUGGAAAGACUGUCACAGUGAAGGAGUGUGAUGUUCACCCUCAGAACCCGCCAAAGUUUGAUAAAAUUGAAGACAUGGCGAUGUUCACCUUCCUCCAUGAGCCCGCUGUGCUGUUUAACCUCAAAGAGCGUUAUGCAGCAUGGAUGAUUUAUACCUACUCUGGGCUCUUCUGUGUGACUGUCAACCCCUACAAGUGGCUGCCGGUCUACAACCAAGAGGUGGUUGUUGCUUAUAGAGGAAAGAAGAGGACUGAAGCUCCUCCUCAUAUCUUCUCCAUCUCUGACAAUGGCUAUCAGUACAUGCUGGCAGACAGAGAAAACCAGUCAAUCCUGAUCACUGGAGAAUCCGGUGCUGGAAAGACUGUCAACACCAAGCGUGUCAUUCAGUACUUUGCCAGCAUUGCUGCUGCUCCAGGUCUGAAGAAAGAUGCAGCUGCUGAGAAGAAGGGUACCCUGGAGGAUCAAAUCAUUCAGGCUAACCCUGCUCUGGAGGCCUUUGGGAACGCCAAGACCAUCAGGAAUGACAAUUCAUCCAGAUUUGGGAAAUUCAUCAGAAUUCAUUUUGACAACCGAGGAAAGUUGGCCUCUGCUGACAUUGAGACAUACCUUCUGGAGAAGUCUCGUGUGACCUAUCAGCUCAAAGCUGAGAGGGACUACCACAUCUUCUACCAGAUCUUGUCUCAGCAAAAGCCUGAGCUUCUGGAGAUGUUGCUUAUCACCAACAACCCCUACGACUACGCCUUCAUCUCCCAAGGAGAGACGACAGUAGCCUCUAUCAGUGAUUCUGAGGAGCUGAUGGCCACUGAUGAUGCAUUUGAUGUGCUGGGCUUCACUCAAGAAGAGAAGAACAGUAUUUACAAGCUGACUGGUGCCAUCAUGCACUAUGGUAACAUGAAAUUUAAGCAGAAGCAACGUGAAGAGCAGGCGGAGGCUGAUGGCACUGAAGUUGCUGACAAAGUUGCAUAUCUGAUGGGCCUGAACUCUGCUGACCUCAUCAAAGGUCUCUGUCACCCAAGAGUCAAAGUAGGAAAUGAGAUGGUCACCAAGGGACAAAAUGUUGCUCAGGUAUCCUAUGCUGUUGGUGCACUGUCUAAAUCAGUGUAUGAGAAGAUGUUCCUGUGGAUGGUGGUGAGAAUUAACCAAUCACUGGAGACCAAGCAGCCUCGCCAGUACUUCAUUGGUGUACUGGACAUUGCUGGAUUUGAGAUCUUUGAUUUCAACACCUUUGAGCAGCUGUGCAUCAACUUCACCAAUGAGAAACUGCAACAGUUUUUCAACCACCACAUGUUUGUGCUGGAGCAGGAAGAGUACAAGAAAGAGGGCAUUGAAUGGACUUUCAUAGACUUUGGAAUGGACUUGCAGGCCUGCAUUGACCUGAUUGAAAAGCCCAUGGGUAUCAUGUCCAUCCUUGAAGAGGAGUGCAUGUUCCCCAAAGCCUCUGAUACAACCUUCAAAGCUAAGCUCUAUGACAACCACCUCGGGAAAUCCAAUAACUUCCAGAAGCCAAGAAUUAUCAAAGGACGACCAGAGGCCCAUUUCUCCCUGGUUCACUAUGCUGGAACUGUUGAUUAUAAUAUCAACAACUGGCUGGUGAAGAACAAGGAUCCUCUGAAUGAGACUGUUGUCGGUCUAUUCCAGAAAUCUAACCUUAAGCUUUUAGCUACUCUCUUUGCUGGGUAUGCAGGAGCAGAUUCAGCAGAUGCUGGUGGAAAGGGCAAAGGUGCCAAGAAGAAAGGUUCAUCCUUCCAAACGGUAUCAGCUUUGCACAGGGAGAACCUGAACAAGCUGAUGACCAACUUGAGGUCUACUCACCCUCACUUUGUACGCUGCAUCAUCCCCAAUGAGACCAAGACUCCUGGGGCCAUGGAGAACCCUCUGGUGAUGCACCAGCUGCGCUGUAACGGUGUGCUGGAAGGCAUCAGGAUCUGCAGAAAGGGCUUCCCCAACAGGAUCCUCUAUGGAGAUUUCAAACAGAGAUACCGGAUUUUGAACCCUAAUGCCAUUCCUGAGGGACAGUUCAUCGAUAACAAAAAGGCUGCUGAGAAACUGUUGGGUUCCCUGGAUAUUGACCACACCCAGUACAAACUAGGACACACCAAGGUGUUCUUUAAAGCUGGACUGCUUGGUCUACUGGAGGAGAUGCGAGAUGAUCGUCUAGCACUCAUCAUCACUGGCAUCCAAGCCCGGUCAAGAGGCCUUCUGGCAAGAAUUGAAUUCCAGAAGAUUGUUGAACGCAGGGAUGCACUGCUUGUGAUCCAGUGGAACAUCCGUGCCUUCAUGGGGGUCAAGAAUUGGCCCUGGAUGAAGCUGUACUUCAAGAUCAAACCUCUGUUGAAAUCAGCAGAGACUGAGAAGGAGAUGGCCAACAUGAAGGAAGAGUUUAUCAAACUAAAAGAAGCUUUUGCAAAAUCUGAAGCCCGCAAGAAGGAACUUGAAGAAAAAAUGGUUUCUCUUCUCCAAGAGAAGAACGACCUGCAGCUUCAAGUCCAAUCCGAACAAGAUAAUCUGUGUGAUGCUGAAGAAAGAUGCGAGGGGCUAAUCAAGAGCAAGAUUUCGCUGGAGGCGAAAAUCAAAGAGCUAACAGAAAGACUGGAGGAUGAGGAGGAGAUGAAUAGUGAACUGACAGCAAAGAAGAGGAAGCUGGAGGAUGAGUGCUCUGAGCUGAAGAAAGACAUUGAUGACUUAGAGUUGACUUUGGCUAAAGUGGAGAAAGAGAAGCACGCCACUGAGAACAAGGUGAAGAACCUGGUUGAGGAGAUGGCUGCUUUGGAUGAAAUCAUCGCAAAGCUGACCAAAGAAAAGAAAGCCUUACAGGAAGCUCAUCAGCAAACACUGGAUGACCUGCAGAGUGAAGAAGACAAAGUCAACACUCUGACCAAGGCCAAGGUUAAGCUGGAGCAACAAGUGGAUGAUCUUGAAGGGUCCCUGGAGCAAGAGAAAAAAGUUCGUAUGGACCUUGAAAGAGCAAAGCGAAAGCUUGAAGGAGACCUAAAGUUAGCUCAAGAGAGUAUCAUGGACCUGGAAAAUGACAAGCAGCAACUUGAAGAGAGGAUGAAAAAGAAAGAUUUUGAAAUGAGCCAACUCCUUGGCAAAAUAGAGGAUGAACAAGUGAUGAGUGCCCAGCUCCAGAAAAAAUUGAAGGAGUUGCAGGCCCGCAUUGAGGAGCUGGAGGAAGAGCUGGAGGCAGAGCGAGCUGCCCGAGCCAAGGUGGAGAAGCAGAGAUCAGACUUGGCCAGAGAGCUGGAGGAGAUCAGUGAGAGGCUGGAGGAGGCUGGUGGAGCAACUUCUGCCCAGAUUGAGAUGAACAAGAAGAGGGAGGCUGAGUUCCAGAAACUCCGCAGAGACCUUGAAGAGGCCACUCUGCAGCAUGAAGCCACUGCUGCCACACUCAGGAAGAAACAAGCUGACAGUGUGGCUGAUCUGGGAGAGCAGAUCGACAAUCUGCAGAGAGUCAAGCAGAAACUGGAGAAGGAGAAGACUGAGCUCAGACUGGAACUGGAUGAUGUGGUCUCCAAUAUGGAGCAGGUUGUGAAGGCUAAGAAUCAUUUGGAGAAAAUGUGCAGGUCUUUGGAAGAUCAAAUGCAUGAAUACAAAACAAAGGCAGAAGAGGGACAGCGCACCAUCAAUGACUUCACCAUGCAGAGAGCAAAGCUUCAAACUGAGAAUGGUGAACUUGUAAGGCGGCUCGAGGAAAAGGAUUCCCUGGUGUCUCAGCUAACCAGAGGAAAACAGUCCUACACUCAACAAAUUGAAGACCUUAAAAGACAACUAGAGGAGGAAGUCAAGGCCAAGAAUGCUUUAGCCCAUGCGGUGCAGUCUUCUCGUCAUGACUGUGACCUGCUCAGGGAGCAGUAUGAGGAGGAGCAGGAGGCCAAGGCUGAAUUACAGCGCGCCAUGUCCAAGGCCAACUCUGAGGUGGCUCAGUGGAGAACUAAGUAUGAAACUGAUGCCAUCCAGAGAACCGAGGAACUGGAGGAGGCUAAAAAGAAGCUGGCUCAGCGUCUGCAGGACGCAGAGGAAGCUGUAGAAGCAGUGAAUGCUAAAUGUUCAUCUCUGGAGAAGACCAAACACAGGCUGCAGAAUGAGAUUGAAGAUCUCAUGGUGGAUGUGGAGAGGUCUAAUGCUGCUGCUGCUGCUCUGGACAAGAAGCAAAGAAACUUUGACAAGGUCUUGUCAGAGUGGAAACAGAAGUAUGAAGAGUCUCAAUCAGAGCUAGAGGGUUCUCAGAAGGAAGCCAGGUCUCUGAGCACUGAGCUUUUCAAACUGAAAAACUCUUUUGAAGAAUCUCUUGAACAUCUGGAGACCAUGAAGAGAGAGAAUAAGAAUCUGCAGCAGGAAAUAUCUGACCUCACUGAGCAAAUUGGUGAGAGUGGAAAGAGUAUUCAUGAGCUUGAGAAGAUGAGAAAACAGCUGGAACUAGAGAAGUCUGAGAUACAAACAGCCCUGGAGGAAGCAGAGGCUACGCUGGAGCAUGAGGAAGGGAAGAUUCUCAGAGCCCAGCUUGAGUUCAACCAGAUUAAAGCUGAAAUUGAGCGCAAGCUGGCCGAGAAAGAUGAAGAGAUGGAGCAAGCAAAGAGAAACCAACAGCGAGUUGUGGAUACUCUUCAGAGUUCCCUCGAGGCCGAGACUCGCAGCAGGAAUGAGGCUAUGCGUAUUAAGAAGAAGAUGGAGGGAGACCUCAAUGAGAUGGAGAUCCAGCUAAGCCAGGCCAACAGACAGGCAGCUGAGGCUCAGAAACAACUUAAAUCUGUUCAUGCACAUCUAAAGGAUUGCCAAAUUCAGCUGGAUGAGUCUUCUCGAGCCAAUGAUGACCUCAAAGAGAACAUUGCCAUGGUUGAGAGACGCAACAACCUUAUUCAGGCUGAACUGGAGGAACUGAGGGCUGCUCUGGAACAAACUGAGAGAUGUCGCAAACUUGCUGAGCAAGAGCUGCUGGAUGUUAGUGAAAGGGUUCAGCUACUGCACUCACAGAACACCAGCCUGCUCAACCAAAAGAAGAAGCUGGAAGCUGAUACAUCACAGCUUCAGACAGAAGUAGAAGAUGCGGUGCAAGAGUGCAGAAAUGCUGAGGAGAAGGCCAAGAAGGCCAUCACUGAUGCUGCCAUGAUGGCAGAGGAGCUGAAGAAGGAGCAGGACACCAGCUCUCACCUGGAGCGUAUGAAGAAGAACAUGGAGCAAACCAUCAAAGACCUGCAGCACCGUCUGGAUGAAGCUGAACAGAUCGCCAUGAAGGGAGGCAAGAAGCAGAUUCAGAAGCUUGAGGCCAGGGUCAGAGAACUGGAAAGUGAAGUAGAGGCUGAACAGCGUAAGGCCACUGAAUCUAUCAAGGGAGUACGAAAAUAUGAGAGACGAAUCAAAGAGCUGACCUAUCAGACUGAAGAGGAUCGUAAAAAUUUGGCUCGUCUGCAAGAUCUGGUAGACAAGCUUCAGCUUAAGGUCAAAUCCUACAAGAGAGCUGCAGAGGAAGCUGAGGAACAGGCCAACAAUAAUCUCACCAAGUCUCGCAAGAUUCAACAUGAGCUUGACGAGGCUGAAGAGAGAGCUGACAUAGCCGAGUCUCAGGUCAACAAGCUGCGUGCCAAGAGCCGCGAAGUGGGGCCAAAGAAAGGACAUGAUGAGGAGUGAAGCUCAUGGAAAGUUGCUUCUUGUUUCUGAGGCACCUGAUUGUCUCCCUAAGCAUGUCAGUUGUUCAGUAGAAUAAACUUAAUCUGCAUCUCA